AUGUAAAGUGCUCUUGUAUAUAUAACUUUGCCAGGAGAAAAAAUUCCUCUCAAGAGUUUAGUUUCUGGCAAUACCAUUAAAACAAAUAAGCAAGAUGUCAACAUUACUAAAUCUCUGGAAAUAGAAACAAAACAUGCAGGUUGGUUUUGGUUAGAUUAAUAAAAAAUUGCAAUUUGUCAUAAUCCAAUAUACUAUACACCUGAAAUUGAAGACUAUGUGAUAGUCUAAGUCACUGGAAAGAAUAGCGAGUAUUAUUUUUGUGAUCUCGGUAAUGGGUUAGUAUAUAAUCUAAAUUAAAUGGAUUUUGAGGGAGCAACAAAGAAGAAUAAACCAAACAUUUAAGUUGGAUAACUUUUAUACGCUAGAGUCAUUGAAUUGAAUCAUUACCUAAAGGGUAAAUUGUCAUGUAUAAAUCCUUAGAGUAAGAAAGAAUGGACAACAGGAGAAAAUCUAUUUAGAGAAUUAACCGGAGGAGUCAUUGUUGAUUUGCCUUUGAAUUUUGUUUAAAGUCUAUUAAGUUCUUAAACAAAGCCAGAAUUAUUUAAGGAGAUAAGCAAACACUCGAGUUUCGAAGUCUGUGUGGGUAAAAAUGGUAGAGUUUGGAUUAAAGGUGUCGAUGCAGUUCUAAUAAUUAAUUUAUUGAAACGCUGUGCUCCAUUGCCAUUGGAAUAACAAUUAAAUUUGAUUCAUAAAUUUGCAUCCCAGUUUUAGUAAUGA